AUGCCGUCCCAGAAUGCUGCAGCCGCCAGUACGGCGGCGUUUCCAAUGUCUAAUCCAGAAGCGUUCUUAAAGCCUUCCCUCCUUCUGUAUUCCGGAUCAGUUGCCGCAGCAAAGGGAUAUCUUGAUUCUCUUACACAGGACUUGAAACAAGAGCAGCGUGGACAGAAGCGAAAGCAGCGCACUCCAGCUCCUCAAGUUCAUCAGCUCCAUGUCAACGGAUUUAAUCACAAUCAAAUAUGGGAACAAGCAAAACGAAUCCUGGAUUCAGCAUUGAUAAUAUCUUCCCGAGACCUAGACCAGUUCAAUGCACAAAAUAUUACUUCUUCGAGGCAUCUUAAACGGAAAUUGUCCGAGGAUGACGAGGAUUUGUCAGACGAGAUGGAGGAAGAUGAGGAAAUGGAGGAAGAUGAGGAUGAGGAAGGCGAAGACGGCGAAGAAGAAAUGCUAGACAUGGAAGAUGAGGAAGAAGCCGAUUUUGGUGAAGAGGAGGGUGGUGAAUUACUGUCGGAAGAAGAAGAGGAAGAAGAGGAAGGAGACGAGGAUGCGCAAGGAGAUGAGUCUCCACGCCCUAAUAAAAAGAAGAAGACUGGUCCUCACGGCCUGAACGAUGAUUUCUUCUCUUUAGAAGAGUUCAACAAACAAUCAGCCUUCUUCGAGACUCAGGAUUCCAGACGGCCGCAUACCGACGCGGCCAGCGACGAGGAAGAUAUAGACUGGGAUGCAGAUCCCCUCUCACUCCCGGAUAUACCAGACAAAAGAGCUGCGGGUGAAGACGAAGAUGAUGAAGAUGAAGGUGACAUGGAAGAGGAUGAGCUGGAUCUUGAUAUGGAAAUACCAGAUGCCGACUCCGAAGAAGAUGGUGAUGAGGAUGGUGAUAUGGGGCUGAAUGAUGACCCGCGGCAAGCCAAAUAUGAAGACUUCUUUGACCCUCCUCCGAAUGCUAAGAAGGCCAAAUCAAAGCAAACAAAACAAAGUCAAGAAGAUAUAGAAGCGGAUAUUGAUCGAGCAAUGGCAAAUGUACGGCGAGAUUUGUUCGAUGAUGAUGAUGAAAUGAGCGGGGAGGACGAUGCUCCAAAUGGGGAACAAUUAAAGAACAUGUCCAGUCAUGAAAAGCGACGAGCACAGAUUGCAGAUGAGAUCCGACGGCUAGAAGCUGCUAAUGUUGCAAAGAAGGACUGGACGCUGAUGGGAGAAGCCCAGAGCAACGCCCGGCCAAUCAACUCGCUGAUCGAAGAAGAUUUGGACUUUGAGCGAGUUGGCAAGCCAGUACCCAUCAUCACAACCGAGGUCAGCAACGAUAUUGAGUCACUCAUCAAACGCAGGAUCAUCACCAAGGAAUUCGACGACAUCAUCCGUCGUCGACCACUUGCUAUUGGUGAACAGGGCGGAGCCGCUAAGCGGAAGUUCGAACUAGACGAGACGAAAGCUCAGCACAGUCUGGCAGAGCUCUAUGAGCAGGACCAUCUGCGUGCUACUGACCCUGGAUUCGUCGAUAAGGGGGCAGAGAAGCUACGGAAGGAGCACAACGAGGUUAUUCAGCUAUGGGAGGAGAUUAGCUCUCAGCUGGAUACGUUGUCAAACUGGCACUUCAAGCCAAGGAGACCUCAAGUCGACCUUAACGUGGUAUCGAAUGUCGAUACUAUCACGAUGGAGGAUGCUCAGCCAACUACUCGUGGCGAAUCAGGUAUUACAUCUGGCAACAUGGCUCCUCAAGAGAUAUAUAACCCUGGCGAAAGUAGAAUGGCCGGAGAAAUCAAGUUGAAGAGCGGUGCCUCGUUGGCCAAGGACGAGCUGAGCAAGGAAGCUAAGCAACGACAUCGUCGACGCCGUGAGGCGUUGAAGAAGAGGAAGAGAGAGCAUCAGGCGGCUGCCAGCAAGCCUGACAAUGCUGCAUCCCAGAAGAAAGAGUUGGUAUCCAGCUUGAAGAAGGGAGGCGUCAAGGUUAUUGGCAAGGGAGGUAACCUGACUGAUGUCCAGGGGAACAAGAUCCAGGACACUGUCGCGAAGGGCCGUGAGAAUCUGAAGCUGUGA